AUGGCCGUUGAUCCUUUCUCGCCCAUUGCGCCAGCGCGCAUUCGGGUGCUCCUGGUCCCCGCGGGGAAGAUCAAGCGCUCGCGAUUCAUGACCUGUGUCGAGCGCCUGCAGCCUGAAUCCUCCAUCCGCCUUGGAGAUGUCACUCCCGACCCGCGUCCCGACAGAACCAUGUUCUCUCCCCUGCGCAACCCCCAGGGCACCGUCUUGUAUUAUUUCACAACAUCCAUGCCGCCAGCUUCCUACAUCUCCCUCUCCCCCUUCGAGCUAUGCCGAGAGCCGCUCAUGGUCCUUGGUGUAGCUGAUGGAGAGGAGUAUCAGGAGGCCUUGGACAGCGACACUGCCAACGCUGCUGAGGACAAGACUAAUGUUGCUUUGAAACGAGAAGAACUCAAUGAAGUCGUUGAUGUCAUGCGUGAGGAGUACCCUCGCGCCAUCGUACACAAGCUGCUGCUUUUCGACAGUGGUCUCCCUUCUCUGCCGCCUUGGCUGCCCGAAGAGACGAUGCUCGUGCCGCCUCAAGCGGAAUCCACUAGUACAACCAUGAAGACUGUAAUGUGCGAUCUCUCGUCAUUGCUACUGGCCGAAAUGACGGGACUCUCCAAAUCUUUGCAAGCUCUGCCCGAGAUUAGCAUUGCUUCUGGCCCUUCGUCCCCUCAGCCCCCCAAAUCGCCUUUCUCUCUUGUCCGCCAAAGUUCUUUUGGCUUUGGGUCGAUAGAGAACAGUCCAACCCGAACUGGAUCUCCCGCUCAGCCUGUCCAGAUCCAACAGCUACAGAAGCAGGAAGCGACUGGGAGGCGGGGCUCCCUUGGUUUGCGGCUGAGCCCUCCAACCGAGCACCCUCGUGCUAUUACCCCACCAGAACUUUCCCCGAACGAAGAUCCUUCGAGCGGAAGAUCUGGCGACACGACUCCGACUGAUUCGGCACCUUCACGCCCUCGCGCCCUCCAGCGCUUUUCAAUUCAAGGCUUCGGAUCCGGCAGUAUGGAAGAAAAGGCAAGGCUCAGCAACGCUUGCCGGCACGACCUAGUUGAUGCUCAAGUUUGCUUGAUGGCUGGCUUUGUCGCUGAAGGCCUCAAAAGAGCUCAUGAAACUUAUCUCAAGGCAGAAAAUGUCAACGAACAUUUGGUUAUGGGGAAGGCUCUGGAGCAAAUGUUGAUCUGCUCUGUGAUACUUGUCGGCCAGGAACAAGAGUUCGAGAUACCCACCACCUGCACUCCCAGCACAAAAGGGAUGCCGGUGUCCGGUACUCUUGCAAAUGUCAUUGAAUGGGCCCCAGAGAUGAUUUCUCGAAUUAUGAGCUUUUACAGGCUCUCUUUCAGGAGCGAUUCCGGCCACCUGCUCACCUUGAUCGACGCGGAAAACAAGAUCCGAAUGGCGAACCUUCUCACAGCUAUAGAACGCUCGGGCAAAAAUUUCACCCCCCAGGAAUUCUUUGCGAAGGUUGAGAGCCAGUCUGAAAACAACUCGCCACCGGUAAAAGGAAGUUCAAGCAGAAUUGUCUACAUUUCAAACAUACUUUCGGACGCCAUCGAUUCGGUGUCCUCAUCACCGACCAUCACCGACACCGAGAGGGCCACGGUAUAUGCGGAAGCGGCUGGGUGCUUGGCCAAACUAGGUCUUUCAAGGAAAAGGGCUUUCGUCGUUACCCUCUUGAUGGACAUCCUAGUUCCAGCACUGCUUCAAGCGCGGAAGCUAGGGGCUGCUGAAAUGGGAAUUCAUCCUGCAGCAGGAAUGCUUUCGGGCGGCCUAGUCCAGCCAACCGACAGGAAAUACGGCGAAACCGUCUUCAUCUUCCUGGAGCAAUUCGUACGCGAAUACGGCGUCCCCGCCAGAAGCCGACUUGGGCCAAAGGUCGAUGGCGUUGGAGAAAACCUCCGGGCUUACGGAAGCAUUGUGCUCAAGGCGGAGGUUCUCCGACGGUGUAUCAAUGUCUGUGAAGCUAUGGCAGAUCUUCAAGGAGUAUUGGACUUUUCCUCAUCAUUCCUCAGCAUUAUUGCCCCACAAGAGCCCCUCGAAGAGACGGAUCCAGGCUUCAGAUGCCUCAUGCCAAGAGAAGAUCAGCAUCGUUUGGUACAAAACAUCCAUCGUUCUUUGGAAGCUGCGAAGGCGGUUGGUAUGGAGCAGACCGAGGCAAUCUUCUGGUACGAUCAUCUUGUGCACAGCGUCAAGUAUGAUUCAGAGCGCGCAGGGCGUGAUUUGACUCUCCGCAAAAACACAAAUGCCGACGACGCACAAAGAACAAGCGCCAGGUUCGAGCAUCAAGCUUUUGGAGACAAAAACAAGGGUUCGACAGUGGUGCCACUCGUGGCGGGCGAGCCCAGUGAGUUCAUCGUAACACUGCGCAAUCCCUUCGCCUUUCCUCUUGAUAUUGAAUCCAUCAAGCUGGUGUCUGCGAAAGAUGUCGAGAUUUCUUGUCCCCCUAAUCUGACCUACCAAAUACCGCCAUGCGCGGUGCAGCCACUGCGCGUCCCGGUCGUUGCCACCGUACCAGAUGUGCACGAUCUUGUGAAGCUACGCAUCAAGGUGCGCCAGUGCCGCGAGAGGGAUUUUGAUGUCUCCAUCAGCCGAACGACAAUUCAAGAGGUGGAGAAGAUGAAGGAGGUGGGCCACAAUAUUGCGAAGAUCAAGAAGACGAAUGAUUCUUCCAGGCCAGGUACAGCUACAACGAUUAGGCCUGUCUCAAGAGGACAGCCGGUUCUGCCUUCCGUCACCGUGGUCCCGCAACAGCCGAGCCUCGCUGUCAGAACGAAUCUGAUACAAGACACCCUCUCCCUCUUGGAGGGAGAGACCAAGUCGUUCAAAGUCACCAUCAGCCACGAUGAGAAGGACAAACCUAUCAAGGCUAGUAUUCUACACAUGCUUGGUCGCAAUAACACCGUGGACGUAUUGAGGGUCUCGCGCAGAAGUAGCAACCUUCCCUCAAAAAUCUACGAGCUCGGCCAGGACAUCGGGCGCGCAGAGUGGAAAUCUGGGGAUUUCAAACCCUCGUCGCAGCUAGACCCACACAAACCCAUGACCUUCACCGUCGAUGUUUUCGGCGUCACAGGUCUGAACAAGGGCAUUGUUGGCGUCGAGUACGCUGCAGCGGACAAACCCGAACCUGGAGAAUACUGGGUGACUAGCAGAGUCUCCCAGGAAAUCGCAGUCACGGUCCAGCCAUCCAUCACGGCCUCGCACUUCUCCGUGCUUCCCGGCCGCGAGGCGAGCGAGCACAUCGCGGCCAAAUUCCCGCAGGUCGACUUGAACGAGCACUUCAUGCUGAUCUUCGAAUUCCUCAACAUCUCAGACCGCGAGCUCAGCGUCGAGGCCUGGUACGACGACAUCCCCGCCACCACGGUCGCCGCCGCCGCCUCCUCCCCCACCAAACAACAACCGCCGAACGACCUCGCCAGCCGGUCCGACUUCCUCAAGCCGGGCCAGGCCAGCAGCAUGGCGGUGCUGGUGCCCAAGAUCCACCUGCCGCACUCCAACGACGCCAUCCCCGCGGCGCAGGACCGGCAGUUCGUGCUGACGGACACGCAGCCGCUGUCGCGCGAGGAGCGCAUGUGCUUCUGGUACCGGCAGAAGCUGCUGCAGAGCCUGCGCUGCCGCUGGCGCGACCGCUCCGGCUCCCGCCACGGCCUCGUCAACUGCGCCGCGCUCAAACUCACACCCGAAACCGUCGGCUACAUCAUGUCCAUCCUAUCCAUCAGUAUGACCUUGCCCCCAGAACUCCGCGUCCCCAACCCCCUGUCAUCAUCCACCACCACAACGACCCCUCCCCCACUCUACUCCCUCCGCCGCGGCGACACGGCCAAGCUCACCGCCACCCUCCUCAACACGUCGCCCGACACGCCGCACAGCUUCACCGUCGCCCCCGUCGUGCGCGUGCGCGGCGCGCCCCUCGCCGACCCGGACGACAGCGUGCGCUCGCGCGUCGCCCAGCAGCUGCUCGGCUGGGCCCGCCGCGUGCGCCUCGAGCCCCGCGCCGAGGCCAAGCUCGAGAGCGAGCUCGUCUGCCCCUUUGGCGUCAGCCAGGCCGGCUUCGUCAUCGAGCUCGGCCUCGAGGUCGCCGAGGGCCCAUUCCCCGCCAGCCAUAUCGGGAGUCUGUGUUGGGUGCAGGUCGUGCUGUGA